AUGGCAGCGAAAAGUUCUCGCUUUGCCGAGCUGUUAAAUAGUUUUGAACAAAAUAGUGACGCAUCUAAGCCAACACCUCUCCCAAAACCGCAAGUUCCCAUUAAUAAAAAACCGCCGCCGUUACCUCCGCGUGAGAAUUUCAUUUCAAGUCAACCCAAUUCUUCUACUGAAAUAAGUGCACGUGAAAAAAAUCAGGGUAUUAAGGCGAAAUCUAGAUAUUUGGAUGUAGACGAAUUUCAAGAUGAUAGCUAUGAACCCAAGCCAUCACGAAUAAAUCGGAAUAAUGCUAGUGGAUUAACGAGGCUUGUUAAUAUCACCGCUGAAGACCAGGAAGGAGAUAAUAUUGGAUCGAAAUUCACAAGAACAAACGUCAAAAAUGUGCAUAAUAAGAUGGCUGGUAAAUACGCAAAGGAGGAAGAUCAGGAAGGGAACGAUGAUAAUUCAGAAUCGUUAAUCACAAGUAAAAACGUAAGAGGUAUCCACAUGAUGGCAAACAAGUACUUAAAUGAAGGGGAUCAAGAAGACAACAGCAGAACAAAGCCGUCUUCAUUAAUUACAGGAAAAAAUGUUAGAAACAUACAACAGAUGGCUACUAAAUGCUCAAAUGAAGAAGAGGAUCAAGGGGGAAACGAUCAAAAACAAAAUUUAGCUUCAUUAGUAACAAAGAAGAAUGUCAGAAAUAUACACAGGAUGGCUAGUGAUUACUCGAACGCGGAAGAAGAUCAGGAAGAUGGUAGUAGAACCAGAUCAUCCUCGUUAAUAAAUCGAAAUAACAUCAAUGGUCUGAAAAAGGUUGCCGACGCUUAUUCGAAUGUUGAAGAGAAUGGUGACGAAACAAAAUCAUCUUCAUUAAUUACAAGCAAAAAUAUAAAAAAUGCUCACAAAAUAGCAAACAGUUAUUCUAAGAUGGAAGAUGGACAAGAAGAUGACAAUGAGUCAUCAUUAUUCACACGAAAAUCUGCUAUAAAGGCGACCAGCUAUUCUAAUUCGGGAAAAGAACAGGAGGACAAACCUCAACUAUCUUCAUUAAUAACGAAAAAUAAUAUUAACAGAUUACAAAAGGCCUCUAGCUAUUUAAAUGAAGACGAAGACGACGAUUCUAGAGAUAUCCCGAAUAGACCACGAUCAUCUCCAUUGAUCACACGGGAAAACAUUAAAAGAGUUCAGAAAGCUACGAGUUAUGCGCAAGAAGACGAUGACAAACCUCGGUUACCUUCACGAGGUAAUUUAAAUAAAACUCGAAAGGAGACGAUGAAUCGUUCUGACGAUAAUAAUUUUGAUAGAUCAAGCAAAUCUCGAGGAUCUUUUCAAGAUUUGCAAAGUAUUGCUUCUUCCAUAAUUAAGUUAGAUAAAGAAGUUAGUCCCAAUAGUUCAAAAGUUGGUAAUAGGAAACCUCCGCCAUUACCCCCCAGGCAUAAUUCCACCACCCGUGUUAUAACCGAGGAACCUUUAGAAAGCGAGAAGGGUAUCAAAAAAUCUGUCGGGAGUAGGACUAAACCACCGCCAUUACCUCCUCGCGGAAAUCAUAGUCGACAAGACACGAAUGAUUCUUCGGAUGUGGAAAGGGAAACGAAAGGAAGGCCUCGAUCGACUCGAACGGCUUCGUACUCGUCACAACUUAGUGUUGAAAGUCCCAGUAUUCGAAGAAGGGAUUCCAGUAAUUCAAUGAAAAGUAGUGAAAGUACUGGCAAUAGGUUUAGCACAGUGGACAGCGAUACGAUAUAUGAGGGAAUUGAAGAUUACCCAGAUCCCGUCAGGUUCAAUUUAGUCGCUGCCUUCCUAUUGUUGGAGAAGGUUUUGAAGGACACCUUGACUGUUCGGCAUGACCUUUACAAGUUACGCGCUAUUUAUGUCUGGAUUACCGACAACAUUUCAUAUGAUUGUAAAUCGUUUUAUUCAGGUAAAUUGAAUUUUAAAGCAUCGAAAGAUGUUUUAAAGACCAGAAUGGCAGUCUGUGCUGGAUAUAGUGAAUUGUUUUAUGACCUUUCUCGCGAGGCCGGUUUGAAUGUAUGCAAGAUUGGUGGAGGCGCCAAGGGUUAUAAUGUUGGUGACUCGAUAGGACCAGGCGAUUAUCCGCACGCUUGGAACGGGCCAACAUUUUUUGAAGAAGGCCUUUCUUUUGUACACUAUUUUGGAUGCGAAAUUGAAACAUCAGAAGACAAUAUAAUCUUAGACGUGGAGCAAACAAUUAAAGACGGAAAUGCUAAUAAAAUUGUGGGGUAUUUGGAGUGGAAAGGUCAGGAUCUUGACACGUUCAUUCAAAGAUUGUCUAAAACUGGACCAAAAGGAGGAGGAGAAAAUUCGGUAAACCUUCGUUCAUAUAGGAUUGUUGCCUUGUGUCUAUCGCGAUAUCCAUCGUUUAUUCAUGAUGUUAAUUAUAUGUUAGGGCCCACAAAUCGUAACCAUGAAAGUCAAAAAUCUCGGAACGGACCAUUUACGUCCCAAUUAGAAUACACUAAAAAAGUUAGAUUCGAGGUCUUGAUACUUAAUCCAGAUGAGGAUGGCACGACACCAGAGAUUCUGGUUAUUGGUCCGGGAUUCGAGAAGCAAUCAUAUUUGGAACCUGUGAUCGAGAAAACUAAAGAAUUUGGUCUUAUCACCUUGGCGUGCGAUGUAACGUUGAAUUAUAAGGGCACUUGGAAUUUGGCGUCCCGGAACGGCGAUAAUAGCUUCAGCUUCCUCGCAAGUUACGACGUCAAAUAA